AUGGAUUCGUCGAGUGAAGCAAAGCAAUACAUUGUACCUUUUGACAAGAAGCUUAAAAGAUCGCGGGAACAAUGCCACGAAAAUGCGGAGACCGAGGUUAUGAUAACCCGAUCGACCGAGAAGGGUUUGAAGAAAUACAGCCAUACCAAAGCAGAGCAAUACGAUGAAGAAAAGGAUUUAUAG